GUAACGAUGUUACCACGAUCCUUCAGGAGCUCAAUCAGGCCCAGCACCGGGAGUUCGCGCCGUCCUAUUCUGACAUUGGCUUCAAAAUUCCUGAUGACUCCGAUCCUCGGAGCAAGAAGCCCAAGCAGGACGACCCCGACUAUGCUACGAAGCUUAAGCUACACGAGGCUUUCUGUUUGGAAAGGGACAUGUGGGCUGAGCUUCAUGCUUUUCGUGCUGAUUUCUCCACGGUGGUCUCUGCAGUUUCCCAGGCCUACGGGCAAGACUUCUUCAGCUAUGUCCAGAAACACUGGCAGAACCUCGAGGAGCCCUGGAACGCGUCUCUGGUCCUUGCGGCGUUGGACAAGCAGUUCCGAGAGAUGGGUGUGGGCGCCUUUACUUCGGCUUUUGCGAAGAAAGCUCACGCUGACCUCAUCUCGUACGAGAACCUUCGUGCCCAACGUGCUCGGGAGAUCGACGAGCUCUACACCCGGCCGUUUGACGACAUCGUGGUGGAGGAGUUCAUCUCAAAUCUUCCUGGAACGACCAUCGAGGAAAUCGAUGAGCCCAUGGAGCCAGCAAGUGGUCCUGCCGAUCCACCAGCGGACUCUCCCUCUGGAGAGAUGGCUGGUGAAACAAAGCAGGAACCGGAUUCCAGUGCGCCAAUGGACACCGAUGCACCAGAAGGCUCUUCCUUUGAAGAGGGAUCUGGUGUAAAGGUGGAAAAGGAAGAGCAGACGACUUUCGAGCCUGUUGCCGAUCCUGAUGAUGAGCGCAUGGACGAUGCUGGUGCUACUGGCGACCGCGCUACAGGAAGCUCUCCCUCUGGAGAGGUACCUAUGCCAGAUCUUAAUUUCUCCGCUGAUGCCUCCAACGAUCAUGACAACCUCUACGAGCAGGGCAUCUGGGGAAAGACUAAGACACGCGUGGAGCCAGGGGCUUUCGAGGCAGAGGCCAAGGCCGCAGCCGAGGCGGAGGCAAAGAAUGAGCAGGCUUUUGAAGACUUCGCGGGUGAAAAGCAGAAGGAAGGUUUGACCGAUACGGUCGACUACCAGAACUUCACGGAAGCCUAUCACCUGCGGGAGCGAGCAAGCCCGCUCAUGAAAUUAGCCAACCAAAUCCACGGCUAUGGUCAGAACG